GCCAUUUCUAGUUUGCCUCUCAAUCUGUAUCCUAAACUGUGCUUGAAAAAUGAUUCACACUUUUGGAAAUCAAUCACAAAAAUUUGAAAAUCCCAGAUUAAUUUAAGAAUUUAUGAAUUGAAACGAAACGACAGCCAAAAAAAACGCUGCCAUGGAGACGAUUUGUCAUUUUUUUCGCACCAAUUAUAUAUUGGCAAAUUGUGAAGAUGUGAUAGCCAAAAAGGCGUUCUCUUUGAAUUUAUCCCAUUAUCAAAUGUCCGAGUUACCAGAAAUUAUCAGGAACUGCGAGUCUUUGAUGAAGUUGUACUUAAAUCAAAAUCGAUUAACAAAGAUUCCCUCAUGCCUUGGCAAUCUGAUGCGUUUGCAAGUGCUGGCGCUGGAUUAUAAUAAACUGAACGACUUUCCCUUGUGCAUCUGUGAAUUGGUCAGGUUAAAGUUCUUGAAUGUCAGUUGCAACAAUAUUAUUUGCUUGCCGGCGGAACUGGGACAUUUGACGGAAUUGGAGGCCUUUUGGUGCAAUAAUACGGGUUUACGCAUCUUACCAUCUGAAAUAGCCAACUGUGAACGACUUCAAACUUUGGGAGUUCGUGGAAAUCGGCUGCGUACGUUGCCCAAUUCCAUAGGACACCUUUCGGAAUUACGUUGGUUUACAGCGGAAAACAAUGAGCUCGCUGAGCUGCCAUCCACAUUUGGAUUACUGCAAAGCUUAAUACAUCUAAAUCUGAAGGGGAAUCAACUUGGACGCUUUCCACGCCUGAUCAUGGCAAUGUCUAAAUUGAAGUUUGUCUUCCUUAAUCAGAAUCAAAUUCAAGACGCACCAACACAAUCUGAUCUGGAGCAACUGCAAAACCUACGCAUGUUGAAUUUGUCCAAGAAUCCCAUCAGUCGACAGCCCGAGUUACAAAAGCUAGCACAGCAUCAAACCAACAUUUAUGUGGAAAUGGUGGAUGAACUACUCCACGAUUCGAGCAUCACACUGCGAAGAUACAGGCCAAACGUACACGACGACGAAGAAGUAAAUCCCGAAGCUGGCCAGGAAUCCUCUUCCGAUUGGGCGAAUAGCGUACGCACCAGCCAAUUGGACAGUUCCGAGGAGAGCGCUUUGGAGAAUACCAUUGAAGAUAUUAGCGUGAUGCUGCCGGAAAUGUCUCGCUAUGUCACAACAUUUUAAGAUAGAUGCAAAUAGUAAUAAAUCCGUUGUGAAUGUUUA